CGUUCAGUUCACCUCCCUUUCCUCCGCUCCACUCCCCCCCGUCGCUCUCCCACCCGCAUCCCAUCGCGACCCAACCCCGCCCCGGACGCUGCUGGUGCCGCGCGUCUCCACUGAUCUCCACGAUACCGCGCGCUCGCCCGGCGCCCCGGCUCCGGCCCCGGCCGGCCGGGUGAGCGAGCUAGCUGCAUGGAUCCCCCGGGGCCAGCCGGGCCGUCCACGGCGGCGGGGGGCGACGCGCAGCAGCACCAGGUCCAGCCGCUGGCGCAGGCGCAGCCGCAGCAGGUCGCGCCGCCGGCGCCGCCGCCGCAGCUGAGCAGGUACGAGUCGCAGAAGCGGCGGGACUGGAACACGUUCCUGCAGUACCUGCGGAACCACCGCCCGCCGCUGACGCUGGCGCGGUGCAGCGGCGCGCACGUCAUCGAGUUCCUCAAGUACCUGGACCAGUUCGGCAAGACCAAGGUGCACGCCGCCGAGUGCGCCUACUUCGGCCAGCCCAGCCCGCCGGCGCCGUGCCCGUGCCCGCUGCGCCAGGCCUGGGGCUCCCUCGACGCGCUCAUCGGCCGCCUGCGCGCCGCGUACGAGGAGAGCGGGCACCCGCCGGAGUCCAACCCCUUCGCGGCCCGCGCCGUGCGGAUCUACCUCCGCGAGGUCCGCGACGCGCAGGCCAAGGCGCGGGGCAUACCCUACGAGAAGAAGAACCGCAAGCGCAAGCAGCCCGCGCCGACGACGGGCCCAGGGGAGGCGUCGUCGUCAUCGGCCGCCGCGGCAGCAGCACGGGACGCGGCUGCCGCCAGCGGCGGAGGCGGGUCCAGUGGCGGCAGCGCGGCGGCGGCGGUGGGAGCUGCACCGACGACUGGCCAAGCGGGAGGGAGUGGCAGUACUACCGCCGCUGCUGCUGCACCGGCCAGCACAUCCCGAGUAUAGUAGAAUCACUUUGCAAACCAUGGUCUAUUUGCUUCUGUACGUCUCGCUAUACCUCGAGCUUUGCAACAUUUGAGCUAUUUCUUCUGCCAUUUGGUUUCAGCGUCCUUCUUGCUCGAUCUUUAGAAAUUUCCUCUCUCCCUGCUUGUUCUUGUUUUUUUUGGCUGGAUUUCUUCCUGCUCUUUUCUUGAGCUAGCCAUUUUCACUAUAUAUGCUGAAUUAGCCAGCAGCUACUAGGUCAGUAAUAAUACAUGGAAAUUUGGCAAAAAUUGUAGUAGCCAGGACGGCCGUCCUUGCUGUUUUGCUUAUGUCUCCUGCAUACCUAUGGUGAGAUCAAAUAAGCAAGAUUUGAGGUUAAUUACUGGAUC